AUGCCAUGUGGAGAUACAACUCAAAAUGCUUGUCUUGAUAUCUUGACUGCCCUUUCUGUAUAUAAAAAUUCAAACAAUUCCGAUUCUUUAGUUUUACUUUUGGCCGGUGGAGUAUACUCAGGUCCAAACAAUACCGAUAUCUCUUUGUCCAAUAUUACUUUGACCAUCAAGAGUGCCAAUCCAAAUUCACAGGCUACCAUUGACAUGAAAAGUGAAGCUGGUUUCAUCAUUAUUGCAGACACUCCAGUUCCAACCACUACCAUGUUGACAAUUAGUUAUAUGACUGUUACCAAUAGUUUGGGAGCUGCAGUCACAAUCAAUAUCUCAAAUGUCUAUACCAAUGUUGUCAUGGACAAUGUUAUUGCCACCAACAACAACAACAAUAAUGGAGGUGUUUUCAAUGUUCAAACCAGUGGUCAUAGUAGCGCUACCACCUCUGUUGUAAUUUCCAACUCGGUGCUUAACAAUAAUACUGCCACCAAUUCCGGUGCUGUAUACUACACAUCGACCCCAGGUAAUCUUACCAUCGUAAACAGUGUCAUCAACAACAAUAUUGCAGGUAAAACUGGAAUCCUCUACAUUAUCUUCUCUGGCCUUUACCUCAAUAAUGUGACAAUGUCUGGGAAUAUUGCCAGCAGUACUCUUAUGGCCAUUGCAAAUGUUGCCGACACUGCCACUAUCAACGGACUGACCUACGCUAAUAACAAUCUUAGAAACUCUGGUGGUUCUCACAUCAAGAGUAUCGAGAGUGAUGUUUUAAUCACCAGCUCUACCUUUAGUGGAAACAACGGUGGCAGUAUCAUUCAAUAUAAACUUUCAAGUCUAUUCUAUGGACGUUUAUUGAAUAUCAACAAUUGUAAAUUCAACCAGAAUAUUGGUUCCAGCGUUGGUGUUCUCUACAUGGACUCUGGUGCUGUUCUCAACUUGAACAACUCUGUAUUUACCAACAAUUUUGCUAAUGACUAUGGUGGUGCACUCUACCUCUCUGGAAGUUAUUCUGCCAAAGUUUCAAACACACUCUUCAACAAUACCAAUGUGGGAGACGAUGGAGUUGGUAGCACCGUCUACUCUAGCGGCGUUUCCUCCGGUUUGAUCUUCACCAAUGUCACCUUCAAUACUACCUCGAAUGUCACCACACCCUUCUACUGCAGUAUGUCGAAAUUAACUUUUAACAACAUCAAAACCAAUGCCAAGACUUUCCUUUCAUGUGCGUCUGAGGAUUCAUGCACUGUAAGCGGAACCAGUGAUGCGUAUUCGUGUAAGGAUGAACCCGCCGAUUCAAAUGAUCAUAAAAAGAAAGGACUUACAAACGGACAAGUUGCUGGUAUCGUUAUUGGUGUCAUUUUGGGUAUUGCUUUUGUCAUUAUAAUCGUUUACAUUGCAUAUAAGAGACAUCACAAUCAUCACAAGUACAGAAGCUAUCAUUAA